AGAUGCAGGAACCAGAUAUUGGCCAAGGUGAUACGACAGCCGCCGCAAACAGCAAGAAACGAGCCCAUCCGGAUGAUUUCAAGCGCGCUUACAAGGCUUGCAUCAAUUGUCGACAGCGCAAGGCAAAAUGCAUUCUAGGAACCGGGCCAGAUGGCGGUGAUCUAAAGCCGCCUUGUCAAAGAUGUAAGCGCGAAAUGCGAGAGUGUGUUUUUCGAUCCGAAAGAUCCUGGGUCAAGAGGCGAAAACCUGGAGAAACAAGGUCGCAGGAAGAAGAAGAGCAAGCCGUUGCUCCAGAUCAGACAGACGACACUGUCGCGCAUGAGACAAACAUAGCUUCAUUCACCCAACCGCACCCAUCACCAGUUCCAAGAUCAUCUGUUUCGGCAUUUGGUUCGAUGACUGGGAAUAUGCCACCAAGGAGCAACGGCCAUCAUUCUGACAUUAUAUCCCCGCCUCACCUUCGGCGUAUCUCCUUGUCUCAGCCAAACUUAGCCCACUCUGUGAUGAGAACAGUUGUCUCCAGUGGCAGUGAUGCGCUAAACUUGCUAUUUGAGGCUGCAAAUCAUCGGGAUGCAAUCGAUAACCAAGAGCAAUCAGGAUCUCAAGCAUAUGAGACUCCAAGAUCCGGACAAUCGGGCUACGACCUCAACGGCAUGCCUUCGUCGCCAUUCCAUACCUUCAGGGCGCAGCCAGUACAAAUGUCAACGCCAUCGCCUGAGACUCUCAAAACUUGGACAUCGUGUAGGUUCGUGCAGAUGGGCUGGUUCUCCGCGCAUGAAGCUGUCACCUAUGUCGACCUAUUCUUCAAAAACUGUUCGCCUCUGUCCCCUAUUCUUGGGGAAUUCUACUCGCUUCAUGAGAAUCACUACUCGUUGAUAGCUCUAGAUCCGUUCCUUUGCACCACCAUUCUCAUGAUAUCAUCGCGCUACAACAUUCUGCCAGGUGUGGGAGGCGCGUCUAGAGGGUAUUUCGUUCACGAUCGACUGUGGGAGCAGUGCCAGCGUUUCAUCAUGAAGAUCAUGCUUGGUCAAGUCAAACCUUCAAAAGCUCAGAGCCGUACGAUUGGAUCAAUCGAAGCGCUACUUCUACUCUCAGAAUGGCAUCCGCGUGCGCUUCACUUUCCCACUGCCGCCGAUGGUUGGGAUUGCGAGCUCAUGAUAGGCGCAAACAACACGACAGAGGAGGGCGCGAAGCUUCUGGAAGGCGAUACAACGUCCAGUCGUUGGCUUGAGGACGUCAUCGAACCCGCAAAACGCUCAGAUCGGAUGUCUUGGAUGUUGAUGGGAUGCGCGUUAUCACUCGCGCAGGAACUAGGUCUCUUCGAGGACAACAGCAGCAUUGAUAAAGACCAGACGUCGUAUCCUAAGUCUACAAGUGAGUUCUUGGUUCUGCGGCGAAUCCGAGCACGCAAACUGCUCUACGUCCUGCUUGAGCAGCUUUCGUGGCGUUUGGGGUGCACCUCCAUGAUCCCGCAGAGCCUAAAUCACGCUCUGAUGGAGAAAAUUCCAGUAGACUCGGCGACUGGCGCUGUUGAGCAAUGGCAAUCGUUCAUGAGCGCUUGGGUUGAGCUGACCAAGCUUGCGCGAUCUGUGUCAGACACGAUCUAUCCAUCUGCCGCAAUUACACGAAGUUUGUUACGCACUGGACGAUAUAUUGGACUACUUGAGCAUUUCCAGCCGCUGCUGAUAGCGUGGAGGAAAAAGUACCUCGAUCCUUGCAAGCUCAAAGUUGGACUGCACGAUAUGUUAUCCAUAGAAUAUCAGUAUGUACGCAUAUACACGAACUCGCUUGGUAUGCAAGCCGUUGUCGAGCGUACCCUCGCCGAGGUCGAUCCAGACGGCGGCCAAGAAGACAUCCUCCCUUUCAAUGUUGAGCCCCGAGACUACGAGUUUAUCCAAGAAGUAGUCGAUGGCAGCUGUCAGAUUUUACAGAAGGUCUGUCAGCUGUCGGAAACAGGAGCGCUUCGUUACUCGCCAGUAAGGAUCUUUCUGCGAAUUACGACCUCCUCAAUCUAUCUUAUCAAGGGUUUGAGCCUGGGUGCUCGAAACCAAAAGCUGCAGUCAUCCUUGGACAUCCUUGAGGGGGCGAUUCGGGCUUUACGCGCAAGCACUCUUGACGAUAUGCAUCUAGCAUCGCGAUAUGCCACUCUUCUCGACUGUCAUGUUGCACGUCUACGAGAGAGUUUCGUGGCAUCUUCGCGACCUCCUCGACUACCAUCACGCGCGACAUCCGCAGAUAAGAGCGCCACGACUGGUAUGGACUUUCUGAACAACCAUCACGCUGGCGAAUCUGGCAUUGCUGCGCUCGCAGAGAGCGUGACUGGUAUGAUGCCCGAUGAUGACUGGCUUGCGCUGCCCUUUGAUCCGGCAAUGGCGCCUUUUGGUCUGGAUAGUCAGCAGAGCUUCCAGGGCUUUGACGAUGGAACGCUUGACUUCAUCUGGAACCUUCCAAUGUCGUAA